AUUGCUUUUCCAAAGAAGAAGCAUGCCUCGAAGUGACAUGAACAUCGGCUCUGAGGCCGAUGCCCUGUAGCGAUGAAAAGUGCACGCCUGAUUCUUAUCAGUACCCGUCGAAUCGGCUUCUACAAAGUGAUGGUCAAGUGGAAUCGGCCCUCCAAACGGCGAUUGACACGGUUGAAGCCUAUCUCCAAGGGACUGGACUGCGCUGUUCGCCGGCUAAAUCGGAGCUUCUGCUAUACAAGCCCAUUCAGCGGGGUCGCCCUCCCAAACACCAAUCUGAUCACCGACCCUGUGACGCCAUCACCCUACGCCUUCAAGAUGGCAGUCCUAUCCCAAACGUCCCUAGUAUCCGGGUUCUUGGUCUCACCAUCUCUACCAACGGCUCCAACGCCUUGGCUCUCAACAAGAUCUGUGCCCAAUCUCAAAACACCCUACGACUUCUUAAACGUAUAUCUAACCGUCGAGGAGGACUCAAAGAAGAAAGUCUUCUCCGACUCGUCCAAUCCUUUGUCAUAUGCCACAUCACCUACGUUGCUGCGUACCUCAACUGGUACCGGGCUGAGCAGAACAAGCUCGACACCCUCAUACGAGGGGUCUACAAGCAAGCACUUGGUCUCCCACAUUGCACCAGCACUGAACUCUUCAACCAACUGGGAGUUCACAACAACCUUUCCGAACUCAUUGAAGCCCAACAACGCUCUCAGCUUGAACGGCUCACCCAUACUGAAACGGGGCGCUUUAUUCUGUCCACGCUUGGCUUCACCUACCAUCAGCAACAGGGCCCCAAACAACCGAUCCCGACCGACAUCCGUAGCUGGAUCUACAUAGACCCUAUCCCUAGGAAUAUGCACCCUGAAUAUAACAGGGCCCGGCGCCAAGCUCGGGCCGGAGCUAUCAUAAAAGCCCUUGCCAACGUACCUGGCGUCACAUUUGUUGAUGCAGCCCGAUACUCCCAUGGCACACGAUUUGUGGCCGUUGCCACACGUGAUGGAGCCCUACACCAUGCCUGCAGCGUCACUACCCCCACUGCAGAGACGGCUGAAGAAGUGGCCAUCGCCCUGGCCACUUUAGAUCCCACCUGUCACACCAUAGUGUGUGACUCUCGCUCAGCCGUUAUUAACUUCAGCAAAGGGCGUAUUUGUCCCCAAGCUCUUCGCAUCCUCUGCCAGGCACCACAUUCUGAAGACAGCAUCAUCUCCCUAACAUGGAUCCCGGCCCAUGCGGGCCCUGUCCACCCACACCUCCCCAAUCUCAACGAGGUCACCCACUCCAUUGCGCGAGGCCUAGUCAACCGCGCCGGAGUCACUGGAGAUGAGUUGGACACCAGGGACAGUCUGACAACUUAUAACGAUCUUGUUAAGGCCUUUUACCUGAGUCGCCGAAUCUUCCCCCCGCCUCACCCAAAGUUCAGCCGGGCGCAGGCUACCACCCUGCGUCUACUACAAACAAACACGUACCCUUCACCCGCCCGCCUCCACCUUAUAUUUCCGGACGUCUACACUACCCCCAACUGCCGGUGCUGUGGAAUUCACCCGGCUACGCUUUCGCAUAUGCUAUGGGAGUGCCCAGCACAGUACGCACAGACUAACACCACGACUCUCUCGGCGAGGUUGCAUGAGGCUCUGCGGAGCUCCACCCUCGACGACCAAACCUGGGCGACCCAGCACGCCCGCGAGGCGGCGGCGAGGCAAGCCCUCGACGUCCCUUCGUGGGAGGCGUAGGCCCGGCCACCAUAAAGUGCUGGUUCUGCAAUAAAAGUUUAUUCCUCCUCCUC